CGUCCGGAGGGGGCCGAGGGGCCCUGUGGGGCCUUUCGGGCUGAGCCGGGGGUCGGCUCUCGGAGGAAGGGGGAGGAGGCCGCGGCCACGGCGGCGGGCAGCGCAGGGUUCAUGUAAUCACAGGAGUUACUUUGUUGCAUGUAUCAACUUUGUUGUAUGCAACAGGAUUUCAGAAUGAAUCAGAACUCAACGGAGCCUUCAGUAUCAGUUGAGACUUUGGCCGACGUACCUGAGCACGUGCUUAAAGGACUUCCUGAGGAAGUGAGACUUCUCCCAUCUGCUGUUGACAAGACACGGCUUGGUGUCUGGGCAACAAAGCCAAUUUUCAGAGGCAGAAAGUUUGGUCCGUUUGCUGGUGACAAGAAGAAACGAUCUCAGGUUAAAAGCAAUGUGUACAUGUGGGAGGUCUAUUACCCAAACUUGGGAUGGAUGUGUGUUGAUGCCACAGAUCCAGAGAAGGGGAACUGGCUGCGCUAUGUGAACUGGGCUCGCUCAGGAAAGGAGCAGAACCUAUUCCCUUUGGAGAUCAACAGAACCAUCUACUACAAAACUUUAAAGCCAAUUGAGCCAGGCGAGGAGCUCCUGGUGUGGUACAAUGGGGAAGACAACCCAGAGAUAGCAGCUGCUAUCGAAGAGGAGAGAGCCAGCAAUCGCAGCAAGAGGAACUCUCCGAAAACCAAGAAAGGGAAGAAAAAAUCCCAAGAGGCUAAAAACAAAGGAAAGAAAGCAACCGAUAAAAAGCAGAAAACUGUUUUGGAUUUAACUUCUGCCGACAUGAGGGAGCCUAAGGAAGGCCAUAAACAGGAGGAUGAAACUCCCUCUGUUUCAGCAGUGCUGUCCGUGGAGCAGACAGCUGUGAUCCAGGAGAUGGUAAAUCAAGACACACUUCCAAACUUGGUUAUCCCCAGUCCGGUCAGUGGGCCCCAUCCGGUGCCUGAAGACAAACCGGAAGCAGUAACGUGUGGCUCGAAUGUUUUAGAGGAGGAGCCAGAAGAGGAUGGGGAGGACCCUGAGGAGGAUACAGGGGAGGAAGAAGAGGACGAGGACGAGGACGAAGAGGAUGAACCUGAGGAGGAAGAGGAAGAUGUCAGCUUCCCUAAAGGAAGUCCUGACAUGGAACCCAUGCCCAUAUGUGAAGACAAGCUGGAAUCUCUGGAAGAGCAGAGCAGCAUAUCUGAAGACUCGCCAGAAAGCUCCCCCAAGAAAAAGGCUGUGGCGAAAUUCCCCAAAGCAAGAGACGAAUCUAAUGGGAAUAUCCACGGUACGUUCAUGUUUCCAUGUCAACACUGUGAAAGGAAAUUUACCACAAAGCAGGGUCUCGAACGCCAUAUGCAUAUCCACAUCUCGGCAAUCAGUCACGCUUUCAAAUGCCGCUAUUGCGGCAAAGCUUUCGGCACUCAGAUUAACCGGCGGAGGCAUGAGCGGCGCCAUGAGGCCGGACCGAAAAGGAAGCCCUUCCCAGCACUGGCUUCGGCCCAGCUGUCGGAAGGCAGCGCCAAGAACCAAACAAUUCCUGAAGAUGGUAUUAAAGACGAAAUGAACAGCAGGCAGGACUUCGUAGCUGUGGAGACUGAAAAAGUUUCUCUCGAAAUGCCAAAUCCUGUUCUCUUUGAAGAGAGCAAGGGACCCAAAGAACUGCACCCAUGCAAAUAUUGCAGGAAGGUUUUUGGCACCCACACCAAUAUGCGAAGGCACCAGCGAAGGGUCCAUGAGCGCCAUCUCAUCCCCAAAGGUGUCAGGAGAAAACCUGAGGAGCCCCAGUUUCCAGCAGAGAAAACCCAGCAGUCCUCAAGUGCGUACGUAGCAAGCACAGACCUCGAAGAGGAGGGAGAGGCAGAUGAUGUGUACAUUAUGGAUGUUUCCAGCAAUAUAUCUGAAAAUCUCAAUUAUUACAUUGAUGGUAAGAUUCAGUCCAACAGUAGCACAAGCAAUUGUGAAGUGAUAGAGGUGGAAUCCAGCUCAACAGAACUCUAUGGAAUAAACUGUUUACUGAGUCCAGUGACGGUGGAAAUAUCCCCAAGUGUAAAGGCUACAUCAGUGCACCUAACCGACGUACCGAAAGAGUCACCAGUCAGUGGAAGCGCUGAACCCAAAAAGAGGAGGACUGCAAGUCCUCCUCUUCUGCCUAAGAUAAAAACCGAAAUGGAUCCGGAACCAAUCACAUCAUUGUGUUCCUUGACUAUUCCUCUUACUAUAUCAGCAGCCGAGAACUUGCCUUUCCCCAAAGAGAAAAGUAUUUAUUUAUCAUCAAAGCUGAAACAGCUUCUGCAGACACAGGAUGGCAGUAAGGUAGCACCGUCUCCCCCAUCGUCGUCGUCGUCGUCAUCCUCAACCGAAAUCCCCAAACUGGGACUCACAGCUACAUCUUCACCUCUUCUGCCCGCCGCCUCCAGCAGGUUCAAACGAAGGACCAGUUCCCCUCCCAGUUCACCGCAACACAGUCCAGCUCUACGAGACUUUGGCAAAGCAGGUGAGGGGAAACCUGUUUGGAAUGACGCGACUCUGGGCUCUAAGAUUGCCAAGCUAGAGAGUCAUAGCAAUUCUCCUGUAUGGAGUUUGUCUGGGAGAGAAGAAAAAGAGACAGCGAGCCCUCUUUGCUUGGAAGAAUAUAAAGUAUCAAAGGACUGGACGCCAAGUCCUCCAUUUGGCAAUGUGUGCAACCAGCAGCCUUUGGACUUAUCCAGUAGCAUGAAGCAAAGGUCCAACUGCAAGAACAGGGCUCAGGCUCCCUGGGAAUCGGUGUUAGAUCUCAGUGUCCAUAAAAAGGCAUGCAGUGACACUGAAGCCAAGGAGAGUAACUCGGCGCCACCAGCAUGUAGUGGUGUCAAGAAGAAGCCAACCACAUCCAUGCUGCAGAAAGUGCUUCUGAAUGAAUAUAACGGGACUGAUUCGUCGUCUGAAAACCCUGCAGCUGAAACGAACCCAAGCCUGGGUGCCUGCAAAACAGAAGAGCAUCCAGAGCCAGAGUCCAGGGCUAGCCUCCCUGUUCCAGUGGCCGAGUCAGGUUCCCUGUGCCCUUCUCCUGAGACACCUUUACUGCCAUUGCCUAUGCCGCCUCUCCUGACUCUAACAAACUCUCCUUCCCCUCCACCUUUCCCACCUAUGUUAAAGGCUCCCACACCACCACCUCUCCCGCCUACUGUUCCCUCUCCGCUCCCAGAGGAGCUCACAAGCAUCACUCCAAGUUCAUGUCCUUCUCCCUUAUCAAAUACCACUGCUCAGUCCCCUCUUCCAAUCCUUUCCCCUACAGUCUCAACGUCUCCUGUUCCUUCAGUAGGACCUCUUAGUUGUCCGUCCCCUGGACCUCCCAACCUCUCUUCCUCCUCCUCAUCUUUUUCUUCCUCUUCUUCGCCAUUGUCAUCCUCAUCUCCUUCUCCACCUCCACUCUCAGUAGUCUCUUCUGUCCUUUCCCCUGGCGAUAACCUAGAAAACUCAGUCCCUAUUAUCUCUUUUAAGCAAGAAGAGGUGGAGAGUGAGUGUCAAAAGCCAAGGGAAGACCCACACAGUUCCAGUGAAGCUAAUACCAUCCAGGAGACAUUUAAUAAGAGCUUUGUGUGCAAUGUCUGUGAGUCCCCUUUUCUUUCCAUUAAAGAUCUCACCAGACAUUCAUCUGUUCAUGCCGAAGAAUGGCCCUUUAAAUGUGAGUUCUGUGUCCAACUCUUCCGAGAGAAAACAGAUUUGUCAGAACAUCGCUUCUUGCUCCAUGGCGUUGAGAACAUCUUUGUGUGCUCCGUCUGCAAGAAAGAAUUUGCUUUUCUAUGCAAUUUGCAGCAGCACCAGCGGGACCUCCACCCGGAGAAAGAUUGCACACACCACGAGUUUGAAAGCGGGACUCUCCGGCCGCAGAACUUCACAGAUCCCAGUAAGGCUAAGACCGAACACAUGCAGCUCUUUCCUGAAGACUCCUCCGAACCUUCUAAGGAGGAAGAAGAAGAGGAAGAGCUGAAUGACUCCUCUGAAGAGCUUUAUACAACUAUCAAAAUAAUGGCUUCUGGAGUCAAGUCAAAAGAUCCAGAUGUCCGCAUGGGCCUCAAUCAGCACUACCCAAGUUUUAAGCCCCCUCCAUUCCAGUAUCACCACCGCAAUCCUAACGGGAUUGGUGCCACUGCCACAAAUUUCACAACCCACAAUAUCCCACAGACCUUCACCACUGCCAUUCGCUGCACAAAGUGUGGGAAAAGUGUAGACAACAUGCCUGAAUUGCACAAGCACAUCUUGGCUUGCGCUUCCGCCAGCGACAAAAAACGGUAUACACCGAAGAAGAACCCCGUGCCGUUAAAACAGACCGUUCGCCCUAAAAAUGGUGUCAUCCUCCCCAGCCCCGCGAGCAACGCGUUCAGGCGCGUGGGCCAGCCUAAGAGGCUCAACUUUAGCGUCGAGGUGGGCCGGAUGUCCUCUAACAAGCUCAAAAUCAGUGCGUUAAAGAAGAAAAACCAGCUUGUCCAGAAAGCCAUUUUGCAAAAGAAGAAAUCUCAGCAGAAGGCAGAGUUGAGGAACAGCACAGCGGAGCCUAGCACUCACAUCUGCCCUUAUUGCAACCGGGAAUUCACCUACAUUGGGAGUCUGAACAAGCAUGCUUCCUACAGCUGUCCCAAAAAGCCUAUUUCCCCUUCCUCUAAGAAGAACUCUAAAAAGAAAAGUGGGGCAUCCUCUUCCGUCAGCGAUAAAGCUAGCAAUCGGCGGCGGACAGCAGACGCCGAGAUAAAAAUGCAAAGCACGCAAACUCACCUAGGCAAGACACGAGCCCGGAGCUCUGGGCCCUUGCCGCUGCAGCUGCCAUCCGCAUCCUUCAAACUGAAAGAAAACAUCAAAUUUGUGCCGCCCAUUAGAUCCAAAAAGCCGAGCAGCUUGUCAACAACAAGGAACGCCAGCCCUGUAAGGAUGGCCAAGAUGAUUCCGGGAGAGGGCAAGAAAGUGAAAGGGGUGGCCAAGAGCAGCUCCCCCGGGCUCUCAAGCAAAGCGUCCCGCAAGUUACAUGUCAGGAUACAGAGGAGCAAAGUGGCCUUGGCCAGCAAGUCAGCUGUGGCAAACAAGAAAAAGGCUGACAGAUUCAGCAUGAAGUCGAGGGAGAGGGUUGGCGGCCCUGUCACCCGGAGUGUGCAGCAGGCAAGCAGCUCCGAUGCCCCAGAGAGCAGCAAGAGGGAAGAAACUAGCACACGGCAAGAGCUGAAAGAUUUCAGGAAUCUCCUGUGACACAAUGAAACGGACAACCACAAAGAAUCUCUGAAUUGUAAAUGAAAUUUCCUUACCGAAGAGCUUGAGCGGUUGCAUGCUCAUCUUAAGAGAGGGAUGACUGUGGAGGCCCCAAUUCUCCAAGCUUGAAAGGUCCAACCUGAGACAACUUUGACCCCCAAAGGGUAGACGAUUGGCUUGCCAGCGUGCUCACACCGGGGUUGAGAAUUGGCAUGCACCAACCAGGCUCAAGGAAUUAUCAGCUGCGAGGAAAGCAGAAGGGCGCAUGGUUCUUCCUUGUCCCCCCCAGCUUCGGUUUCAUUUCAAAAAGGACAUGGAUCGAACUGAACUGGAGUCAGUCCUGCCACAGAGUCCAUAGCUCAUGCUUCUACUUCGCUUUUUAUCUGAUGGAAAAGCAUGGAAAAAUAAAGGUUGAUAAUAAGAAAUGGUGCCGCCAAAACUUAUGCAAAGCCAGGUCCUCACCAGAAGCUCCCCAUAUAUUCAGGGAUGACAAAACGUUAACUGCACUCGAAAUCCUUUUUGCUUGCACGUCGAGUAUCUCAAAGCCUUUGUUUUAUAUCAGCCAGUAUGAAAAAACUUAAUGGGGAGAAGGGAGACGCCUUUCGCCUCCUUCUCGGCACCUGCACUCACUUCCCAAGACUUCUUUUUUUUCUGAAUGGGUGGGCACAGGUUUCGAGGUUGAUGUUGCUUUCACCAGUCUUCUUUAUACAUGGGAAGAUGAAAGGAGAGGUAUCUCUAGAAGGGGCAGAAGGAAGGUUUGCUUGUCAAGCCCUACUGGCAUCCAUACCUGAAAUCUCGUCCAACGUGGAAGUCACCUCACCCAGUUUUAUCGUGAAUGACUUGUUCACCAUACAAAACUGUAUAGCACAACUAAAUACACAAUUGGCUGACUUACCUGUAUCUAAUAACAAGAGCUACAAAUUUUUCCUAGUUGUAAAUCAAGAUUAUUAUUAAUUUCCUGGAAAUACAGUUUUGUUUUGUUUUUGUUUUUUCACAACUGGGGGGGGAGGGGAGCAGUUAGCUUUGUUUGUGCACCCCGUUUGUUUGUUUUUGUUUUUUAAAAAAUCUUAUUUGUUCUUGACUUCAAAAGUAAUCUACCUCUUAAAAUUUGUAGUUUUAAUAUCGUUUGGUGAAGUUGUGCCACUUUAACGCUUUCUCUUUCACUAUCAUUCCCUUUUUUGUUGUUACAUUUUUUCCAUUUUAAGGGGACUUCUGCAUCAAACUAUUGUAUAAAGAAUUUGUAGCAAGUUUGGAAAAAAAUAAAAUAUUUAAAAUUAUUUAAAUUCUU